AGCAGUGAGGCGGGGUGAUCUGGCGGCGCUGAGCUGGGUGGCGAGAGGGGAGAUCCCGGAUGUGGAGAAGCUGGGGAGAAGGCGUGGGAGGAAGAUGGACUCGAUGGAGAAGGGGGCCGCCACCUCCGUCUCCAACCCGCGGGGGCGGCCAUCCCGGGGCCGGCCGCCGAAGCUACAGCGCAACUCCCGCGGUGGCCAGGGCCGAGGUGUGGAGAAGCCCCCGCACAUGGCAGCCCUGAUUCUGGCCCGGGGCGGCAGCAAGGGCAUCCCCCUGAAGAACAUUAAGCACCUGGCGGGGGUCCCGCUCAUUGGCUGGGUCCUGCGUGCGGCCCUGGACUCGGGGGUCUUCCAGAGUGUGUGGGUUUCAACGGAUCACGAUGAAAUUGAGAAUGUGGCCAAACAAUUUGGUGCACAAGUGCAUCGAAGAAGUUCUGAAGUCUCAAAAGACAGCUCUACCUCAUUAGAUGCCAUCGUAGAAUUCCUUAAUUUUCACAAUGAGGUUGACAUCGUAGGAAAUAUUCAAGCUACUUCUCCAUGUUUACAUCCUGCUGACCUUCAGAAAGUUGCAGAAAUGAUUCGAGAAGAAGGAUAUGAUUCUGUUUUCUCUGUUGUGAGACGCCAUCAGUUUCGAUGGAGUGAAAUUCAGAAAGGAGUUCGUGAAGUGACUGAACCCCUGAAUUUGAAUCCAGCUAAACGACCUCGUCGGCAAGAUUGGGAUGGAGAAUUAUAUGAAAAUGGCUCAUUUUAUUUUGCUAAACGACAUUUGAUAGAGAUGGGUUACUUACAGGGUGGGAAAAUGGCCUACUACGAAAUGCGAGCCGAGUACAGUGUGGACAUAGAUGUGGAUAUUGAUUGGCCUAUUGCAGAACAAAGAGUAUUAAGAUAUGGCUAUUUUGGCAAAGAGAAGUUUAAGGAGAUAAAACUUUUGGUUUGCAGUAUUGAUGGAUGUCUCACCAAUGGCCACAUUUAUGUAUCAGGAGACCAAAAAGAAAUAAUAUCUUAUGAUGUAAAAGAUGCUAUUGGCAUAAGUUUAUUAAAGAAAAGUGGCAUUGAGGUGAGGUUAAUCUCAGAAAGGGCUUGUUCAAAGCAGACACUCUCUUCCUUAAAACUGGAUUGCAAAAUGGAAGUCAACGUACCAGACAAGCUAGCAGUUGUAGAUGAGUGGAGAAAAGAGAUGGGCCUGUGCUGGAAAGAAGUGGCAUAUCUUGCCAUGGAGAGUGAACUGGAAUGUGCAUGUAUGAACAAUGACGACUUCACUGUACCAGUCAGUGGGGGUGGGAGACACCAUUGAGUGAGCAUGUGGCCCUCACAUUAAAUAUGACUGAGCAAGUAGAGCAACAAAUCUGCAUCAAAUUUUGCUUUAAGCUUGAACACUCCUCUAUGGAAACUAUCCAGACGAUUCGGAAGGCUUUCAGGUAUGAUGCAGUGAAUGCAGCACAAAUAAAGUGUAGCACGAAUGCUUCAAAGAUGGUUGAGAAUCUGUUGAAAAUUGUCUAUGUUCAGGAAGGCCUGCGACAAGCAGAACACCUGAGAAUGUUGAACGUGUAGGGGCUGUAGUCAACAAAAUCAGACAGGUCCCAAGGUCUACAGGGACCCCCCCAUGUGGGGUCCUAAGGUAUCUACUUUGAAGGGUACUGAGGCAUUAUUGUCCUAUGUACAAUGUUUCAUGUAUCUUCAAUAAAUAUCUUUCUCAUAGUACAUGGCUGAAUACUUUCAGAACAGAACUUGUAUAGUAAAAAUAAAUGUAUUACUUAUAUAGGUAAAACUGUAGAAUUAUAUAUGCCAAAACAUAAUGUCUAUUUAUAAAUAGUGAUAAUUAUGAUGCCUUUGAAUAUUGUAGCCUUUAUUUAAAAAUGUUUCUACCAAGAUAAGCACUACUUAUAUGACAUAAGAAGAAACUCUAAAAGGGAGAUAACAGGGGAAAGAAGGGGAAGGACGGUCAAGGAACCAUGGACUAAGCCAC